AUGGCAUCUUCAAAAAAAUGGCUUGAUGAUGCAAUUUCUGAGGGUAAAAUUCAUCAAAUAACAUACGAUCAAAUCACCAAAAUAGAAAAUAUUGGUGAAGGUUCAUUCGGAAAAGUUUAUUCAGCUGAAUGUGACUUAUUCUCCGAAAAAAUUGUUAUCAAAAAGAUUAAAAAAUGUCAUAUUAAAGAAAAAGAAAAAGAUAAAUUCUACGCAUUUAUAAAGGAGUUAAAAAUACAUAGUACUUUAGAUCAUGCGAAUAUUAUUCGCUUAUAUGGAAUUAGCGAAAACAAAAACUCCUAUUUUCUGGUAAUGCAAUUCGCAAACAACGGGACGUUGCGUGAAUUUUUGAAAGAGAAACACGAUACCUAUACUUUAGACUGGGCUAAAAAGAUAUCACUAGCAAAACAAAUGGCUGAUGGUAUUCAGUAUCUUCACUCGCGCGAUAUAAUCCAUCGAGAUUUGCAAGCCCUUAUGAGGCAAAUUACAAAAGGACUACGUGAAGAACCACUUCCUGAUACUCCUUUUGAAUAUAUGGAAUUAUAUCAGUAUUGUUGGAAACUUGAGCCAGAAGAUCGGCCUUUGAUCCAGGAGGUUUGCAGUAGAUUAGAUUCAAUUUUAAUUGAUCUUGAUUACAGUCCUGCCUUAGCAGAUAUUACAGACGAAUUUGACGAUAGACUUGAUUCUAAAUUACUUGCUGCUGAUCUUGAAUUUCAUCCAGAUGUGCAACCUGUUUACAAAAUAAUUGAAAAUAGUGGUGAUUUUGUUUAUGGUUUAUGA